AUGGUCAGUAAUCAGAGGAGUAAUGCAUCUGCUUUAGGAGACACCAGUGCUCCACUUCGGGAGAAGGCAACAGCGGUAUCAUACCAACAGUUUAUGGCGAUGCAGCCGCCUAUCUUUUUAGGAGGGGGUAGUCACGACAAGGUAAAAGAAUGGAUUGAGGAAGUGGAACGCAUUUUUGGGCUUCUAAAGGUGCCAGAAGAAGAUAAAGUGAACUAUGGAUCCUAUCUAUUGAAGGGUGAUGCCAAGAAUUGGUGGGACAAGAAAAUGCAAGAGUUUCUCGAUCUGCAGCAAAAUCAAAUGAGCUUGGAGGAAUAUAUUGCGAGAUAUUGGCACUUGGAGGUGCAUUGCCCACACCUCUACACUACAGAUGAGGCCAGAGCAGGCAAGUUCGUGCGUGGGCUGCGGGACGGACUGCGAAGCAAAGUUUUGACAAGUAGACCUCGUGACUUGGACGAGGCAGUCACCAUGGCUAGAUGCAUAGAAGAAGACUGGGCAAGGACACAUAAGGAUCACCACAAGAAGGUAGGCCAACAUUCACAGAGCAGGCGAACAUAG